AUGGAUUUACUCACAACCUCUCCUUCUCGCUCACUCUCACACCUUCCCACCCUUUUCCCAAAACAGCCCAUUUCUUCCUUCAACCCUAAAACACCGUUUUCCCAAUUUCGCACAACCCCAGUCAGUUGCGUCCUCACAACCUCAUCGCCAAAACCCUCAAACUUCGAAUCCCAUCUUCAAAAACCCACUAUCACCUUUCAACUAUCUUCCCCUCAAACGCCCGAAAGGGCCAUGCGAGGCGCCGAAUCGGAUACUAUGGGCUUGUUGUUGAGGGAGAGGAUUGUGUUCUUGGGAAAUGAAAUUGAUGACUUUGUUGCUGAUGCUAUUAUGAGUCAGUUGUUGCUCUUGGAUGCGCAGGAUCCUACUAGAGAUAUUAAGCUUUUUAUCAAUUCUCCUGGUGGUUCUCUAAGUGCUACAAUGGCUAUCUAUGACGCGGUACAGCUUGUGAGGGCUGAUGUAUCCACAAUUGCAAUGGGCAUUGCAGCAUCAACAGCCUCCAUUAUCCUCGGUGGUGGCACCAAAGGUAAGCGUCUAGCUAUGCCAAAUACGCGAAUCAUGAUUACUCAACCACUCGGAGGUGCUAGCGGAAAAGCUAUAGAUGUAGAUAUUCAAGCUAAAGAAAUCAUGAUCAACAAGAAUAACGUGUGCAGAAUUAUAUCAUCCUUCACUGGUCGCUCAAUUGAACAAGUUCUGGAAGAUAUUGAAAGGGAUAGAUAUUUGUCUCCAAUUGAGGCAGUUGAAUAUGGAAUUAUUGACGGGGUAAUUGAUGGAGACAAGAUUAUUCCUCUUUUUCCAGUGCCAGAAAAAGUGGAACCAAUCACACUAGACAUCGAUGUUCCGGAUUUCCUAAUCCCAAAUAUCCCUGAUGAUGAGAUAUACUAG